AUUUAAUCAUUAAUAUAUUGAAAUUAGCGUUAUUUACAUCUCUACAAGUACCUCGUAGAAACAUAAUUUGGCAUAAUUCUGCUGACUUCUUGUUGUAUUAGCUUCGACGGGGUCAUUUACUUUUGCCUCCAAUUGUGAACGCAUCGAUCCCAGAAACGAAUUGGAAGUUAUUUGGGAAAUAUGGCCGAGGAUAAGAUUGGGAUUGCUAAGGAUGUAACCGAACUGAUUGGUAAAACUCCAUUGGUUUAUUUGAACAAUGUUGUGGAUGGAUGUGUUGGCCGUAUUGCAGCCAAGCUGGAACUGAUGGAGCCAUGUUCUAGUGUCAAGGAUAGGAUUGGAUAUAGUAUGAUUGCAGAUGCUGAAGAGAAGGGAAUCAUUAAACCUGGGGAGAGUGUACUCAUUGAACCUACAAGUGGUAACACCGGGAUAGGGUUAGCGUUUAUGGCAGCAGCUAAGGGCUACAAGCUUAUCAUCACUAUGCCUGCUUCGAUGAGUCUUGAGAGGAGAAUUAUCCUCCUUGCCUUUGGUGCUCAAUUGAUUCUCACUGAUCCUGCUAAGGGUAUGAAAGGUGCUGUUCAGAAGGCAGAGGAAAUAAAGGCCAAGACACCUAAUUCCUACAUUCUUCAGCAAUUUGAGAACCCUGCCAACCCAAAGAUACAUUAUGAGACCACUGGACCUGAGAUCUGGAAAGGCUCCAAUGGCAAAGUUGACGCACUUGUUUCUGGAAUUGGUACUGGUGGUACAAUAACAGGAGCUGGAAAAUUCCUUAAGGAGCAGAAUCCUAAUAUAAAGCUAUAUGGGAUAGAGCCAGUUGAAAGUCCUGUUUUAUCUGGAGGAAAGCCUGGUCCUCAUAAGAUCCAGGGCAUUGGUGCUGGAUUUGUUCCCGGUGUCUUGGAUGUUGGCUUAGUAGAUGAAGUAGUUCAAAUUUCAAGUGAUGAAUCCAUUGAAAUGGCAAAGCUUCUUGCUGUGAAAGAAGGAUUACUUGCGGGAAUAUCAUCUGGCGCUGCUGCUGCUGCUGCAAUCAGGCUCGCAAAGCGUCCAGAAAAUGCUGGGAAACUCUUUGUUGUGGUGUUCCCCAGCUUCGGUGAACGAUACUUGUCUUCUGUGCUAUUUGAGUCAGUCAGAAAGGAGGCUGAGAGCCAGACUUUUGAGCCCUGAGCCAAUUCCUAGAUCCAGAUCACACACAGUGUUUGCCGCAUGGAUUUGGAAGAAAACAAAGUAUUUGGAAGAGGAUACAGUGUGUUUCCUUGUUAAUUUAAAUAAAUUUAGUGCCUCUGUUUUCCGAAUACCAGAUACUGCACUGCAGUCUUGCAUAUUGGUGACUCUGUCACUUUGCUGUAUGAUUUUGGACUAGAGUAACAGCAUGGCACCGUUCAAAGAUGAUAGAAAAACAUAUUCGGUGGUGUUCUUUUGACAAAAUUGUGCUUGCAUUAUUCUGAUGGCUUUUCAGCAGUUUUCUUCUGUGCCAA